AUGGCGGUCCGGGUCGGACGCACCCGUUGGGCCCCGCAGUACGGUACCUGUGUUUUGAACGCCGUAGAAUGUCAAAUUUUUCACUCCAACGCUCCUUCGUGUUUUACCCAGAUUUGUCUUCCAUGGAUGGAACGAUCAACUUCAAAUAGCGAAAAUAAUAAAGAGAUCCCAGCUCGACCUCUUUAUAAUUUAUUACCUCAAAGUUUUCCAAAUGAUGUGACUAAUCGAUCAUUAUAUGCUGGAAGAUCCACGAAACCUAUUCCAAUUCAUCUUGCUCAACCUGAACGUUGGCAAAGGGGUGCUCAAUUCUUAGGCGUCACACUUUCAUUAGGUAUCGGGGUUUGGGGCGUUUUGUUCGCUGAUUUUGGUAACAAUGAUAGAGAAACUGUCUUUUCACCGGCGUCCCAGCCUUACGGAAGUUCUACCCGGAAGUUUGAUCCAUACCUUCAAGAUUCCAUUGAUGGUGUUGUGGAUAAGGUUCUUUAA